CAAAGUUCAAACUAAAUUCAGUAGUGAAUCAGCCUUAAACACGACGAGAAAGACUGGAAUUUUGGCUCAAACAAAUUCAAAACAUUUUUAGCGAGAAGAAGAAAAAGCGAAAAUUUUAACUCCACUGAUUCGGUGUAACGGAAUCCAGAUGGAUCUAAAGCCAGGAAAAAAAUGGGAAUAAGUUCAAGUUCAAGUGUUCUUUUAUUCAAGUGUCAAUAGAUAUCAGCUCAUUACAAACUGGUUUACAAACCAUGACACAAAAUGCGUAUACAUAUUUAUGUAUGUAACUAGACUAAACUAAAUAUAACGUGAACAUGAGUAAUUAGAUAAUUAACAAUAAGUGAAAUUUCUUCUACCAAUAAUAAACUCUCGACAUUGUGUAACAAAUUUUGGAUAUGUAAUGUUACUCUCCCAUGAUCUUGGGAGUGAAUUCCACAAUUUCGACGCUCUAACACUUAAACAAUUGAGACCCAGCGCUGUGCGGUAUCGAGGUACUACCAAUAGGGGCCAUGAGCGUUGUGUGUAUGUACUGCUAGCCGUAGGAACAAGAUUGCGGAAAGCAUAUUUAAGCAAAAAUAAAUCACGCCGCUCCAGUAUUGUAAAUAAAUUACACUUGUUUAACAGAUCAAAUGGAUUAAUAGUGCUAAAUAAUGUCUUAAAUUUAGUAUACCUUUUCGACCUCUCAAUCUUUCUAGCAUAAUUUGGAAGAAAAUAGUUGGUAAGGAACGAGUUAAUCUUAGGAUUAGCUUGAAUAGCGUCAAGUUGCACAUCAGUUUUAACAGCCCAUGUAUUAAUACCAUAAUCGAUUAUUGAGUGGAUGUGACAACUAAUAAAUAUGGCGAGUAAUUUUUCCGUCAAAAAAAACGCUUAAUGCCAUACAAUGUGCCCAGUGCCCAAAAACGUUCAAAAUGAAACAGGUCUUCAAUCAACACGUCAUUACGCACGAUCCCGAUGCCAAGAUAAAAUGCCAGGUUUGCAGGAAUAUUUCGAAAAACCGGGCCACCUUGCUUGACCACAUGCGAAGAAUACACAGUAAUCGGGAACGUCCAAAUUGUGAUCUUUGUGAUCGGACGUUUUGCAAUUCUCGCAGUUUACUGGGGCACAUGAACGCCGUGCACGGCUCGAGAGAACGAUCUCGUUUCCCAUGCACGUUUUCCGGCUGUGGGAAAACCUACUUGAGUAGAAGAGCUGUUUCGCGACAUGUAAAAGCCGAGCAUGCCAAAAACCCGGUUCGAUUUCCGUGCACCCUUUGCGCUAAAGAGUUUAAACAUAAACCACACCUAGAACUUCACAUUUCCACCCAUACGACGGAAAAGCCGUUCAAGUGUAGCACUUGUGGGAGGGGUUUCGUACGAAUCCAUGGGAUGCAACAACACCAGGGAUUAUUUGUCUCCCAGGUGACACAUGUGGAAAAAUCAGCAGUGGCGAAUUUGAAGUGCACACGUUGUCCUCUGACUUUCUGUAGUAGUAGUAGCUUACGUGAGCAUAUUCAAGUGUUUCAUGAAAAUCAGAAGAAUCAUCCGUGCAAAUUUUGUGGCAAAAGGUUCUCUGGAUCUAAUGAUUUGCAACGCCACGUGGAAGCGGUACACCCCGCGAGCGAGGAUAAGAUUAAUUCCUGCGACAAAUGCGAGUACAAGAGCCACUCGAAACACAAUUUAGUAAGGCACAAAGCUCGGCAUGAUGUUAAGAAACAUGAAUGUUACUUUUGUGGGAAUAGGUUCGUCUGUUUUCGAAAUCUCGUCCGCCACUGUGGGCUCAUUCAUACUUUGGAAAAGUAAUAAUUUGAUAAUUUCUAAUUUUUGUGUUAUGCAGUAUGUAUUUAUGUUCGAUUAAUGUAUUAAAGAUAUAAUUUACUCCUAA